GUUCUAGUCACACAUGACUUCGCUCGUACGGUGGGGACACUCUCUUCGUUUCAAAACGCAAAUGAUUAUCUGCGGCCAGUCAAUUGGGUUAUAUCCAGUAACGUUGGACACUCCCCACUGCUGGUGGUAUUGAGCCCGAACGAAGUGAAUACACUACCACCUGUCAUCCGCAGAAGCAAUGCAGUUCACCUAUGCAUCUAUACGCCUCGCACAACAAAAACAAUGCAGGCAUGCGACAACCUUCGCCUUUACUGUGUUCCUUCGACACCACAGUUGGCACCAUUGGAACCACUGAUUUGCCAGCUAAACCUUUUUGCCGCCCAACUCUAUUUUUCCAGUUAUGAGAAGUAUAUCCACGCUUGCGGUUUCUUGGGGCUCAACGCACCAGAUUUGGGGGAUGAAGACUUGAUGGUGGACAGUGAUGGAUUUGUCAGGGAGAAUCGCCCUAGCAGAAGGGCGUCAUGCCUGUUCGAGUCAUCCCAGCUUCCUCGGCUGAAAGAAUUGUUCGGAAUGAGAAAGAAAGGCAUGGGAUAUCUGCCAACUCACCUCGGAAAAAUGUUCAAUAGCCGCAUUCUGACUGAGGAAGAUUUUCUC